AUCUAAAAUUUUAUAAAUCAACUGUGUAUAUGGUCGGCUCAUCGACGUGCCGUGGAAUGCAGUAGGUAUUUGAACCUGCUGUGUUUACGACAGCAACCAUCAUCUUCAGCCUCGUUUUCAACUCAAAAUAAUGUGUAACCUUGUAAAACCACAAGGUUCAACUAAGACACCCACUUAUUUUGAUUUAUGUUGUCAUAUAAUAAUAAUUGGCUUAUAACGAAUUCAGUCCACACAUCGUGCACAACUCAACACGUGGCCAACAUUCUGAAGCGUGUAUAUUACACUUUAUAGUUGGUUAUCCGUGGUGUUUGCAGUUCAACGUUUGGGAUUUCGAUGAAAGGAUCAAUAGCCGGUAAAUGCCACAAGCUUUGGAGUCACAUAUAAACAUAUUGUAUAAUAGUAGGAGGAUCUGUAACAAGCAAGUUAUAAUAUAUUGCUGUAGGCCUAGCAUAUGGUAAAAGGCUAUGUCUGACAAGAUACAGUUUUUCGCUCUUUUAUUUCUUGCCGAGGUUUCUGGUUUAACCGCAGUGGUACUUAUCGGCCUUUUCGGUGGUCAGUUUAACAGAGAGCCAGGUUACAGGUGGGAUGGAAGCCUCAAUACUUUCAACUAUCAUCCGCUACUAAUGAUCGUCGGGUUUAUAUUUCUACAAGGCAAUGGUGAGAAUAUUCCCUUUGGUGCAGUUCAUUCUGAACAGCUCCCUCCAGCGAUUAUAGUCAGCAACACAUUUUGUUUAUGUUUACUAUUAUUUGCUGCCACUAUCGUCACCAUUUUAUGGAAUCCGAAUUACGGAACGAAAAACCAAACGGAAGAUUGCAUAGAAUUGAUGGAAUCGUCACAUCCAUUGAACGCAUAGUCUGUGACUGCUCUAAUGGAGGUGGGGAAGAAGGCGUAUCCUCCGUCGAACAGUUAAGCAACCCCCCCCCCCCACUCCCCGUCAGGUAAAUCCUGGUGCCGCCACUGUACAACAUGUAUCCUGACCUCUAAACAUUAUGCCAUCUUCAUACAUAUUUUAUAUUCAAUAUAGGCCUAAUUGGACUGAUGAAUUUCAAGUCGCUUAAAUUUUGUUUGUUUGGAUUUUGUAUUCAUGUUGCCAUGGCAUUCUGUUUUUUAAAUUAGCGAAAUAAUGAUAAAAGGAUCGUUGCUAUACUGUACCGAUUACACGGAAGGUGAAUAUGAGCGAUUUACAGUACGUAAUUUUAAUUUAAAAAAUUUAAAAUGCUGCGUAAGAAAGUUUAGAAAUUAUAUUGCAUACCGGUAUGCAUUGUGGCGUGCCAUGGCAUAUCGGAACGGUGCCUUGUUUGUUGCGUUCCUCCAGUGUUUAAUGAGCUACCGUAUGUUUACUCGUGCCUAUUUAUUGCUUAACUAAUAGUUGACUGCUCCUUGAGAUACAUUUGUCUUCUUUUAUUUAUUGUAUACGGGCUACAUCAUGAUUUAAUAAAUACAUAAACAAUUUAUAAUCUUUUGUAAGAUGACGUGCCUUUCUCUAAAUGCGUUAAUCCUGCAUUAAAAGAUGCCAUAGCUAAACUACAAGGAUAACAAAACAGCCGGAGCAAACACGAGAAUAUAACAAGAUGUAAAGUAUAUUAAAUGUAUAAAUAAUAAGUAAACAAAAUGCGGGUAUUCUAAAAUACAAAUAAAGACAUUAAUUUUUUUAAA